CUCUAACGAGAGCUACGACCAAUAGCCACAGUUGCGCGGUAGAGCAAAGUGCAGAAAGAGAGUAGUAGUCCACCAGUCGGUGCUCCGCUGCGUCGGCCGUCGGGUGCGCGCGAGUGCCUAUUAUUGCCCCCCCCCGCAGAAAUUGGACUGGUCUCUCUCUCUCUUCCGUCUGUCUCCCGGACGUUUGACGUCGGGAUACAUGCCCCCGAUGGAAGGGCCUCGACGGUGUAUUUGCCGCUGAUGCAGCUGCCCAUGCCACGGGGGACGAUACCCCCUUUCUUUGCUUUCUUUGUUCGCCGAGCCUCGAAACAACACGCAGGUGAUCGCCGCAAAUGAGAGUGACAAGGCCAAGUGGUAGGCGGAGGGACAAGUGACGCCCAGAGGCUGCAGACACGGCCGGCCACAAGGACAAGGGAAAAAAGAAGAGAAAAGCAGCAGCAACAGAGAGAGAGAGAGGCAUGGCCGAGUUCCAGCCGCGGGGCCUCGGGCUCCUGCUAGUCGGUGCCCUCCUGCUUCUCGGCACCCCCGCCGCCGUGCGCAAGUCGGAUCGCGAGCGUUGCAACAAAACCGUGGACAUCUACGAGGACGUGUCGAGCCCGGGAGUGAGUCCCGAAAACUGGGGCAAGCCUCUGACCUGCUGGUACCGCUUCCGGGCGUUCCGCGGAGCUCCCCGUGACAUGAUACUCAGGAUUCGCUUCAAGAAAUUUAAGGUCGGCACUUUGCUCAACGCGACCCACUGCCUCGGUGGUUACAUGCAGAUAGUGGACGGUAACCAGAAAACGGGGGUGAACAAUCGCAAGGAGCAGGGUGUCUUUUGCGGGGAGAGCGAGCAGACGCAGACGUUCAUAUCGGAGACGAGUUUCGUGAAGGUGCUCUUCCACACGGACAACUUCACCGACCAGACGUACUUCAGUUUCGACUCGCGGGCCGAGCAGCAACUCGAGGUCUACCUGCGCUACGGCCAACACCCGGAGCUCUACCCGAAUCGCCGUGGGGUCAUAGUGCCCGACUCGUACUGCGAGCGCAGCUUCCACGACUGCAGGCUGCAGACCUGCUACGUCCAAAGCCCGGCUUACCCGGGUAUAUACCCGCGGGCCCUGCACUGCAAGUACAGGCUCAACACGAGGCAGCCCUUCAUCAAGCUCUACAUCGAGAACGAGGAGUUCAACAUUGACGGCCAGAGAUGCGAGAACAUCAUGACUUGUCCCAUGAGGCCCAUCAGCUCGGGGGCCGAGCACUGCCCGUACGACUACAUCAGGAUCUACGAUGGACUCAACGAGACUGCCCCGGUCAUUGGCACCUUUUGCGGAAUGGGCAAGUUUCCGUACAGCAUAAUCGGCACGGGGCAGGACUUGUACGUCGAGUUCGUGUCCUCGCCGGCGGGUCCUCUGCUGAACACGGGCUUCCACUUCAACGUGGGCAACUGGCCGGGCGACGUGGACACGGCGAGCGCGAAAAACGGCAGCUGCGACUGGACCUUCAGCAGCGAGAGCCUGGCCGACAAAAAGGAGGGCAUAUUUCUCUCCGUGGCCCACUGGUACCCGCCGCACACGAGCUGCACUUACCUACUGCGCGGCCGCAAGGGCGAGAUAGCCCGACUGUACUUCCCGAGUUUCCGGGUCAACCGGAUCAAGUCGCCCAUACAGCCGUACGACGGCGACUGCGCCGAGAGCCUCACCCUCUACGACGCCGAGUGGGCCGACGACGCCCGCAUCAUCAAGACCUUCUGCGACACGUUCAGCAAACCCAUGGAGAAGCACGACUUCGUCUCGAGCUCGAACGCCCUCUUUGUCCGCUUCGAGAGUAAAACGGGCAGCUACUCGGGCAGCUCGCUCUACUACUGGGCCCACUACGACUUCUUCAACGCCACCCGAUUCGGCGAACCCGUCCCCGGCACCGAGUGCGACGAGGUCUUCGCCUCGUGGAAGAGCCGCAGCGGCCGGCUACGCUCGCCCCUCAACACCCUCCUGUACAAGCGCCCCGGCGAUCCACCGGCCGACCUCGCCUGCACCUACAGCUUCGUCACCGACCGCCGUCUCUACGCCCGCGUCAUCCUAACCCUACACUCGGUCAACUUCAAGGAACACCCCUACGCCCCGUGCGGCCACUGCUGGGACAGCCACCGCGCCGACCGCGUCAUCCUCUACGAACCGUCCCCCACCUCCUCGUCAUCGUCCGGCGGAGGCAACGUGGUCACGACGACCCCGGUAAGCAGUGGCGGCGCGGCCAACAGCAAGGGCCACUGUAGGUGCAAAAUGAGCCCCGGCGAGGCCCCGGUACGAAUAGUGUCGAGCGGCGAGAGGCUCGAGCUCAAACUGCUCCUCGACGGCGAGCAAGCGGCCACGAGUUACUUCAAGCAGCCGGGCCCGCUCUUCGAGGCGAGCUACGAGUUCGUCCACAGUCCGCUGUGCGGCCCGGCGAGCAUCGGCCCGACGACGGAGGGCGAGCUCGAGUUCCCCCACUACGAGGCCCUGAGCUACGUCACGCCGCCACGGUCGAUCAAGUGCAUCUGGGAGCUGAAGGUGAGCCGCGAGCGCGACCUCUGGAUGCACUUUGUCAAAACAAAGUUCGGCUCGCGCUCCUGCGAGGACGGCAAACUCGAGGUCUACCUGCCCCCGGCUGCGCGGGGCUUGCCACCGGAGCGCUUCAUCGCCGUUUGCGGCGAGAACAUCAGCUACGCCCGCGAGCUGCCCAUCAUCACGGCCGCCCAGCUGGCGCCCGGGGACACGCAGCGGCUGCCGGGCCUCACGAUCCAGUUCGUCGGCUCGAUGGCGCUGGCGCGGGCCGAGUUCAAGAUAGCCUGGACGGAGCUGUACCACUUGCCGCGGGACCGCUCGGGCGGGUUGAACGUCCAGAAGCUCGAGGACUGCGCGUUCCAUUGUCCCGGGGACGCGGGCUGUAUACCGGAGCGGCUGCUGUGCAACGGGGUGGUCAAUUGUCCGCGGCCGCCGGGAGCUGCGAGCGGCGGUGGCAACGGCACGGGGCCGGCGGACGACGAGUCGCGGGAGGUGUGCAGCGGGAGGAACCUCGAGCCCGGGGACGAGGUCAACGCCACCCUCGCCGACUUGGUGAACACGACGGGCCUCGGGGGCGCGGGCGUCGGCGCGGCCCUUGCCGUUUUUCUCGGCUUUUGCUGUCUACUGUGCACGUGUCGCGUCUGCGGCAAGAGAUCCAACUCGAGGGACAUACACGUGCCCUACUGAGGUUAGGCGAGCUAGUUUCCGUUUGUUUGUCCCCCACGCCCCGUCAUCGGCAAAACACCCGUGUGUUUGAUCAUUGUAUAGGACGGGGUUCAUAUACAUUGUGAUGAUGGCUCAUUUGGAGCCCCCUCAGCGGCGGCGCUUAUUGUUAUCGCAGAAUGCAAUCACCGUUUGUUCGUUGUUAUAUAGGUAUACUUAUAUGCUCACGCGCUAUGAGUAGAGUAUAGAGAUGAGAUGGGAUGGGGAGAGCUUUUCAAUGAUUCAAUGACGUUAAUCAAUCAUCGAUUGCAUACACACGCGUGUGUGGGCGUAGUCUACGCAAAAAUGGUAUUAAUUGGAUGGCAUUGUAAGGCUUAUUGUUACUAAUUGAUGCGGGAUGAUGGGGAAAUAAAAAAGGAGGGGAGCUCGAUUGGGUUGUGCAGAGUAACGGUACAA